CUUACUUUUUCUUUUUAAUGAUAUAAAUAUAGUUAGUGGUCGUUUAUAUUCUUAAUAUUCGGAGGCCGGAAGCACAAACUUUAUUGGCUUGUUUCCAAGGCCGGUUCUGUUAGUAACUCUUCCUCGUCCUCCCGUUAACGCUAUUCUAAAGUUGAUAAAGUUGAUGUUUCUUGGUCGAUGUUGAUUUUGACUUCGUCCCAUGCAGUUUUACAUGAUAUAUACUCCCUUUGUUCCUAAAUAUAAGAUUUUUUAGGUAAAACACAUUUAUUAAGAAAAUUACUUUUUAUCUAAAAGAUAUCAUUAACAUUUUAAAUUAAAAACUAUUUAACCAAUUACAAAAUAGAACUAUUAAAUUUGAUUGGUUACACAGAGGAAAUAUAUAUUUUUUUGUGACGAAAGUCUUACAUGAUAUUUCAACAACAAACAACAUGAUGUACAAUAUUUACGAGAUAACACUUUUUAUUGUUUCAAACAUAUAAGAAAAUAUUAGUAAUUAAAUUUAUUUAUACAUUUUUAUUAUAUUUAAUUCAUAUAUAUUUGUUUGAUUUUAAGCUGAUUUGUCAAUAUUUAUUGAUAUAACCACAAAAUAUACAAUAUUCUUAAGCAACACUUUUUGUUGUCAUCAAGGCCCAUAUUACUCACCCCGGCCCAUCAUCGAGAAACUCACAAAUCACGAGGUAUAGCUAAUUGACCACAAAGCCCUCAACAACAUAAGUUUUUUUUCUCUAACAGGAAAAAAAAAAAAGAAAAGCAAAGCGUCAUUGCUGGGUGUAUCCCGCGCAACGUUCUAACAAAACUCCUCCUCUCAGUUUCUAAUCUCACACCUCCAAAAAAAUACUCUCCCCACAAUCUCCGCUCCUUGAUUCCUCUCCUCAUCUCCGACCCGGGUCUCCACAGAGUCCAACUCCGACCCGACCCGACCCGAUCACCCAUGGGGGAAACGAAGGCCGCAACCGACGGCGGUUCAGCUUCCGGCGAAUCUUCGAAGCCCUCGGCGAAGCUAUUGACCGCCGGCGAUCGGAGAUUACUCAAGGUGGAGCUUCGGCAAGGGGAGACGACUUACGUUUCGUGGAAGAAGCUUAUGAAGGAAGCUAGCAAAGGGAAUUGCUCGUUGGUUUCGGUGAUUGACGCGCCGCCUCCUAAUGCUAACCCUAAUCUCGAGUCUCGAAUUGCUCCGGGGCAACAACCAGUAGAAGGUGAGACGGUCGACCAACCUCAUUCUAAUCGUUUUAACGCCGUUAUAGAGAAGAUCGAGAGGCUUUACAUGGGGAGAGAUAGUAGUGAUGGGGAAGAGUUAGAUGGUGCUCCUGACGAUGACGAGUAUGACACUGAAGAUUCAUUUAUCGAUGACGUUGAAUUGGAUGAGUAUUUUGAAGUUGAUGAUUCGGCAAUUAAACAUGAUGGAUUUUUUGUUAAUAAAGGAGAGUUAGAACGGAUUGCACCGUCAACAACAACAACAUCGAACAAACAACCAAAGAAAAGGAAAAGGAAAGAGUCGGCAAAACCUUGCGGCGAUGUUGUUGAUGUAUCCAGUAAACAAGCCAAGAUUGCUAAGACGGUUGGGGGAAAGGAUCAAUCAGCUGCUUCUGGGCUCUGUCCAAAGAAAAAGUCCAAUGAUACAAAGACAGUGCAGGAUUCGGUUUCUCCUUUGAAAGUGCAAAGUGGCAAUGACUCCUUGUCUUUAGAAAAUGUGAAGCAUAGUGAUAAAGCGAAUCCUCAGCCAAGGAACACCACAAGUCCGAAGUCAAAGGCAGCUGGAUCUUCUGGCGCUCUUCAUCUGAAGUGCAGCAAAAGUGCUCAUCAGCAAUCUAAUUCCGUGCCAGGAAAAUCUCGGCCAAUUGUUUUGGAAAAAUCAACAGUAGCACGUCAGAAAGAAAACAAUGGGAUGCAUGACCAGGACAAUGCAACAGUAAGCAGACAGUCUAAUCAAAUAACUAAAGGCGGUUCUAACGUCAAACCUAAAACCUCGACACUUGAGAAAGCCUUCAGGGAAUUGGAGAAGGUGGUCGCUGAAUCAAGGCCUCCUACUGCUACGGAUAAUCAAGAUGCUGAUACCUCUUCCCAAGUAGUGAAGAGGAGAUUGCCAGGAGACGUAAAAUUGAAGCUUGCUAAAGUUGCUAGGAUUGCGCAAGCGAGCCAAGGGAAUUUAUCAGGAGAGUUAAUUAAUCGUCUCAUGAGCAUAGUUGGUCAUCUAAUACAAGUUAGAUCGUUAAAGAGGAACUUGAAAAUCAUGAUCGAUUCCGGCGACUCUGCAAAACGAGAAAAUGAUACUAGAUUUCAAAGUAUCAAGAAUGAAGUUAUUGAAACGUUAAAAACACAAGUUCCGUUGAUGGAACCCCAGGCAACCAAUCAAGAAGCUGGAACAUCAGACGAUUUUGAAAAUCCUCCUCCGUCUACGAAGAAGAAGUUUGUCAUGGAUGAGGCGCUGGAGGACAAAUUGUGUGAUCUAUAUGACAUCUUUGUUGAUGGAUUGGAUGAAGAUUCAGGUCCACAGAUCAGAAAGCUUUACGCAAAUUUAGCUGAACUCUGGCCAAACAGAUUAAUGGACAAUCAUGGGAUCAAGCGUGCCAUUUGCCGGGCAAAAGAAAGGCGGAGAGCUUUGCACGCAAAUCUUGGGAAGGAGAUGGAUCAAGGGAAGAUGAAGAAGAAACAGACACAGUUGGUACAAAAAUCAGAGAGUACAGCUUGUCCCGACAAGGCUUCAGGUGUUGGAGAUAAAACAACAGGUGUUGUCCCAAGCGCAAGCACCACGUCCUUAGUCCAGACUCAACCGACAGUGGACAAGUCCCGUGACAAGUCAAAGCAGAAGCAUGAGAAACUGAAAGGAAGCUCAAGCUCUAGCGACCCUUCAGGAGAAGCAAAGGCAACCAAAAGAAAGAAAGAAAAGAGUGCAGAAGAAUCUCACAUACCCACAGUGAAGCAGCAGAUACGUCCACAGGCUCCACUGGACCUGAACCUGCCUAGUUAAGUUAAGUAGUACGGCCUAGUUUCUGUUUUAAGUUUUUUUUUUUGUAGUCAAAGCUUCGCUCUAGCCUUGUCUUUUGUAGCAUUUGAAGUUCCAAGGACAAAAAUGUAAUUGCGGCAAAUGAUUUACCCAUAAUCUUACCUUUUUGUCUGUCGUUGGCCCAAUUGAGUGUUAUUAUGGGCCUGACUAAACAAUAAAAGCCCAAAAACAAA